AUGCCGCCUGGAUGCAACAUUAUUCUUUUGCCAAGGCCUUCCUUGGACUUCUGCUGCUGCGCUCGGGAAGAGAACGGCCUAACCGUGCUGAAGGGCAUUUGUGAAAGCCCACGCCUGGGACUCGCCGAGACACUGAAUCUGUGCGGUGACGCGCAACAGCCCGGUCUGCCCGUGGAGGUCCGGCCCGUGAGGAAAGUCCCCGCCGAAAGGGCAUUCAAAGUGAAGCUGCAGAAACUCGAGGAUGGCUUUGGCUUGAAGUACGAUGCAUCCGACUCCAGUGUGCUGUUGGUCCAAAGGCUGACUGAUGGAGGGGCAGCAUCGCAGUGGAAUCAGACUGCUCAGCCGAAGAUCCAACCCUACGAUCGUGUGGUGGAGGUUGGCAAGUGUGGUCUCAUGAGCUCCUCGGAGAUGCUGAAGGCUCCACACAUGCGUGUUAUGUGGAAGUUUACAUAUUAA